AUGGGCGUUGGGAGUGGGAGUGCAUGUGAUGGCGGCGCGUGUGCUGCGACUGGCCGAUGUGGACAUGACGCACAUGUGGGUCAGCUGGCAUGCUCAGGUGAGGCACAUGUGGGUCAGCUGGCAUGCUCAGGUGAGGCACAUGUGGGUCAGCUGGCAUGCUCAGGUGAGGCACAUGUGGGUCAGCUGGCAUGCUCAGGUGAGGCACAUGUGGGUCAGCUGGCAUGCUCAGGUGAGGCACAUGUGGGUCAGCUGGCAUGCUCAUGUGAGGCACAUGUGGGUCAGCUGGCAUGCUCAGGUGAGGCACAUGUGGGUCAGCUGGCAUGCUCAGGUGAGGCACAUGUGGGUCAGCUGGCAUGCUCAGGUGAGGCACAUGUGGGUCAGCUGGCAUGCUCAGGUGAGGCACAUGUGGGUCAGCUGGCAUGCUCAGGUGACGCACAUGUGGGUCAGCUGGCAUGCUCAGGUGAGGCACAUGUGGGUCAGCUGGCAUGCUCAGGUGAGGCACAUGUGGGUCAGCUGGCAUGCUCAGGUGAGGCACAUGUGGGUCAGCUGGCAUGCUCAGGUGAGGCACAUGUGGGUCAGCUGGCAUGCUCAGGUGAGGCACAUGUGGGUCAGCUGGCAUGCUCAGGUGAGGCACAUGUGGGUCAGCUGGCAUGCUCAGGUGAGGCACAUGUGGGUCAGCUGGCAUGCUCAGGUGAGGCACAUGUGGGUCAGCUGGCAUGCUCAGGUGAGGCACAUGUGGGUCAGCUGGCAUGCUCAGGUGAGGCACAUGUGGGUCAGCUGGCAUGCUCAGGUGAGGCACAUGUGGGUCAGCUGGCAUGCUCAGGUGAGGCACAUGUGGGUCAGCUGGCAUGCUCAGGUGAGGCACAUGUGGGUCAGCUGGCAUGCUCAGGUGAGGCACAUGUGGGUCAGCUGGCAUGCUCAGGUGAGGCACAUGUGGGUCAGCUGGCAUGCUCAGGUGAGGCACAUGUGGGUCAGCUGGCAUGCUCAGGUGAGGCACAUGUGGGUCAGCUGGCAUGCUCAGGUGAGGCACAUGUGGGUCAGCUGGCAUGCUCAGGUGAGGCACAUGUGGGUCAGCUGGCAUGCUCAGGUGAGGCGCAUGUGGGUCAGCUGGCAUGCUCAGGUGAGGCGCAUGUGGGUCAGCUGGCAUGCUCAGGUGAGGCGCAUGUGGGUCAGCUGGCAUGCUCAGGUGAGGCGCAUGUGGGUCAGCUGGCAUGCUCAGGUGAGGCGCAUGUGGGUCAGCUGGCAUGCUCAGGUGAGGCACAUGUGGGUCAGCUGGCAUGCUCAGGUGAGGCACAUGUGGGUCAGCUGGCAUGCUCAGGUGAGGCACAUGUGGGUCAGCUGGCAUGCUCAGGUGAGGCACAUGUGGGUCAGCUGGCAUGCUCAGGUGAGGCACAUGUGGGUCAGCUGGCAUGCUCAGGUGAGGCACAUGUGGGUCAGCUGGCAUGCUCAGGUGAGGCACAUGUGGGUCAGCUGGCAUGCUCAGGUGAGGCACAUGUGGGUCAGCUGGCAUGCUCAGGUGAGGCACAUGUGGGUCAGCUGGCAUGCUCAGGUGAGGCACAUGUGGGUCAGCUGGCAUGCUCAGGUGAGGCACAUGUGGGUCAGCUGGCAUGCUCAGGUGAGGCACAUGUGGGUCAGCUGGCAUGCUCAGGUGAGACACAUGUGGGUCAGCUGGCAUGCUCAGGUGAGGCACAUGUGGGUCAGCUGGCAUGCUCAGGUGAGGCACAUGUGGGUCAGCUGGCAUGCUCAGGUGAGGCACAUGUGGGUCAGCUGGCAUGCUCAGGUGAGGCACAUGUGGGUCAGCUGGCAUGCUCAGGUGAGGCACAUGUGGGUCAGCUGGCAUGCUCAGGUGAGGCACAUGUGGGUCAGCUGGCAUGCUCAGGUGAGGCACAUGUGGGUCAGCUGGCAUGCUCAGGUGAGGCACAUGUGGGUCAGCUGGCAUGCUCAGGUGAGGCACAUGUGGGUCAGCUGGCAUGCUCAGGUGAGGCACAUGUGGGUCAGCUGGCAUGCUCAGGUGAGGCACAUGUGGGUCAGCUGGCAUGCUCAGGUGAGGCACAUGUGGGUCAGCUGGCAUGCUCAGGUGAGGCACAUGUGGGUCAGCUGGCAUGCUCAGGUGAGGCACAUGUGGGUCAGCUGGCAUGCUCAGGUGAGGCACAUGUGGGUCAGCUGGCAUGCUCAGGUGAGGCACAUGUGGGUCAGCUGGCAUGCUCAGGUGAGGCACAUGUGGGUCAGCUGGCAUGCUCAGGUGAGGCACAUGUGGGUCAGCUGGCAUGCUCAGGUGAGGCACAUGUGGGUCAGCUGGCAUGCUCAGGUGAGGCACAUGUGGGUCAGCUGGCAUGCUCAGGUGAGGCACAUGUGGGUCAGCUGGCAUGCUCAGGUGAGGCACAUGUGGGUCAGCUGGCAUGCUCAGGUGAGGCACAUGUGGGUCAGCUGGCAUGCUCAGGUGAGGCACAUGUGGGUCAGCUGGCAUGCUCAGGUGAGGCACAUGUGGGUCAGCUGGCAUGCUCAGGUGAGGCACAUGUGGGUCAGCUGGCAUGCUCAGGUGAGGCACAUGUGGGUCAGCUGGCAUGCUCAGGUGAGGCACAUGUGGGUCAGCUGGCAUGCUCAGGUGAGGCACAUGUGGGUCAGCUGGCAUGCUCAGGUGAGGCACAUGUGGGUCAGCUGGCAUGCUCAGGUGAGGCGCAUGUGGGUCAGCUGGCAUGCUCAGGUGAGGCGCAUGUGGGUCAGCUGGCAUGCUCAGGUGAGGCGCAUGUGGGUCAGCUGGCAUGCUCAGGUGAGGCGCAUGUGGGUCAGCUGGCAUGCUCAGGUGAGGCACAUGUGGGUCAGCUGGCAUGCUCAGGUGAGGCGCAUGUGGGUCAGCUGGCAUGCUCAGGUGAGGCACAUGUGGGUCAGCUGGCAUGCUCAGGUGAGGCACAUGUGGGUCAGCUGGCAUGCUCAGGUGAGGCACAUGUGGGUCAGCUGGCAUGCUCAGGUGAGGCACAUGUGGGUCAGCUGGCAUGCUCAGGUGAGGCACAUGUGGGUCAGCUGGCAUGCUCAGGUGAGGCACAUGUGGGUCAGCUGGCAUGCUCAGGUGAGGCACAUGUGGGUCAGCUGGCAUGCUCAGGUGAGGCACAUGUGGGUCAGCUGGCAUGCUCAGGUGAGGCACAUGUGGGUCAGCUGGCAUGCUCAGGUGAGGCACAUGUGGGUCAGCUGGCAUGCUCAGGUGAGGCACAUGUGGGUCAGCUGGCAUGCUCAGGUGAGGCACAUGUGGGUCAGCUGGCAUGCUCAGGUGAGGCACAUGUGGGUCAGCUGGCAUGCUCAGGUGAGGCACAUGUGGGUCAGCUGGCAUGCUCAGGUGAGGCACAUGUGGGUCAGCUGGCAUGCUCAGGUGAGGCACAUGUGGGUCAGCUGGCAUGCUCAGGUGAGGCACAUGUGGGUCAGCUGGCAUGCUCAGGUGAGGCACAUGUGGGUCAGCUGGCAUGCUCAGGUGAGGCACAUGUGGGUCAGCUGGCAUGCUCAGGUGAGGCACAUGUGGGUCAGCUGGCAUGCUCAGGUGAGGCACAUGUGGGUCAGCUGGCAUGCUCAGGUGAGGCACAUGUGGGUCAGCUGGCAUGCUCAGGUGAGGCACAUGUGGGUCAGCUGGCAUGCUCAGGUGAGGCACAUGUGGGUCAGCUGGCAUGCUCAGGUGAGGCACAUGUGGGUCAGCUGGCAUGCUCAGGUGAGGCACAUGUGGGUCAGCUGGCAUGCUCAGGUGAGGCACAUGUGGGUCAGCUGGCAUGCUCAGGUGAGGCACAUGUGGGUCAGCUGGCAUGCUCAGGUGAGGCACAUGUGGGUCAGCUGGCAUGCUCAGGUGAGGCACAUGUGGGUCAGCUGGCAUGCUCAGGUGAGGCACAUGUGGGUCAGCUGGCAUGCUCAGGUGAGGCACAUGUGGGUCAGCUGGCAUGCUCAGGUGAGGCACAUGUGGGUCAGCUGGCAUGCUCAGGUGAGGCACAUGUGGGUCAGCUGGCAUGCUCAGGUGAGGCACAUGUGGGUCAGCUGGCAUGCUCAGGUGAGGCACAUGUGGGUCAGCUGGCAUGCUCAGGUGAGGCACAUGUGGGUCAGCUGGCAUGCUCAGGUGAGGCACAUGUGGGUCAGCUGGCAUGCUCAGGUGAGGCACAUGUGGGUCAGCUGGCAUGCUCAGGUGAGGCACAUGUGGGUCAGCUGGCAUGCUCAGGUGAGGCACAUGUGGGUCAGCUGGCAUGCUCAGGUGAGGCACAUGUGGGUCAGCUGGCAUGCUCAGGUGAGGCACAUGUGGGUCAGCUGGCAUGCUCAGGUGAGGCACAUGUGGGUCAGCUGGCAUGCUCAGGUGAGGCACAUGUGGGUCAGCUGGCAUGCUCAGGUGAGGCACAUGUGGGUCAGCUGGCAUGCUCAGGUGAGGCACAUGUGGGUCAGCUGGCAUGCUCAGGUGAGGCACAUGUGGGUCAGCUGGCAUGCUCAGGUGAGGCACAUGUGGGUCAGCUGGCAUGCUCAGGUGAGGCACAUGUGGGUCAGCUGGCAUGCUCAGGUGAGGCACAUGUGGGUCAGCUGGCAUGCUCAGGUGAGGCACAUGUGGGUCAGCUGGCAUGCUCAGGUGAGGCACAUGUGGGUCAGCUGGCAUGCUCAGGUGAGGCACAUGUGGGUCAGCUGGCAUGCUCAGGUGAGGCACAUGUGGGUCAGCUGGCAUGCUCAGGUGAGGCACAUGUGGGUCAGCUGGCAUGCUCAGGUGAGGCACAUGUGGGUCAGCUGGCAUGCUCAGGUGAGGCACAUGUGGGUCAGCUGGCAUGCUCAGGUGAGGCACAUGUGGGUCAGCUGGCAUGCUCAGGUGAGGCACAUGUGGGUCAGCUGGCAUGCUCAGGUGAGGCACAUGUGGGUCAGCUGGCAUGCUCAGGUGAGGCACAUGUGGGUCAGCUGGCAUGCUCAGGUGAGGCACAUGUGGGUCAGCUGGCAUGCUCAGGUGAGGCACAUGUGGGUCAGCUGGCAUGCUCAGGUGAGGCACAUGUGGGUCAGCUGGCAUGCUCAGGUGAGGCACAUGUGGGUCAGCUGGCAUGCUCAGGUGAGGCACAUGUGGGUCAGCUGGCAUGCUCAGGUGAGGCACAUGUGGGUCAGCUGGCAUGCUCAGGUGAGGCACAUGUGGGUCAGCUGGCAUGCUCAGGUGAGGCACAUGUGGGUCAGCUGGCAUGCUCAGGUGAGGCACAUGUGGGUCAGCUGGCAUGCUCAGGUGAGGCACAUGUGGGUCAGCUGGCAUGCUCAGGUGAGGCACAUGUGGGUCAGCUGGCAUGCUCAGGUGAGGCACAUGUGGGUCAGCUGGCAUGCUCAGGUGAGGCACAUGUGGGUCAGCUGGCAUGCUCAGGUGAGGCACAUGUGGGUCAGCUGGCAUGCUCAGGUGAGGCACAUGUGGGUCAGCUGGCAUGCUCAGGUGAGGCACAUGUGGGUCAGCUGGCAUGCUCAGGUGAGGCACAUGUGGGUCAGCUGGCAUGCUCAGGUGAGGCACAUGUGGGUCAGCUGGCAUGCUCAGGUGAGGCACAUGUGGGUCAGCUGGCAUGCUCAGGUGAGGCACAUGUGGGUCAGCUGGCAUGCUCAGGUGAGGCACAUGUGGGUCAGCUGGCAUGCUCAGGUGAGGCACAUGUGGGUCAGCUGGCAUGCUCAGGUGAGGCACAUGUGGGUCAGCUGGCAUGCUCAGGUGAGGCACAUGUGGGUCAGCUGGCAUGCUCAGGUGAGGCACAUGUGGGUCAGCUGGCAUGCUCAGGUGAGGCACAUGUGGGUCAGCUGGCAUGCUCAGGUGAGGCACAUGUGGGUCAGCUGGCAUGCUCAGGUGAGGCACAUGUGGGUCAGCUGGCAUGCUCAGGUGAGGCACAUGUGGGUCAGCUGGCAUGCUCAGGUGAGGCACAUGUGGGUCAGCUGGCAUGCUCAGGUGAGGCACAUGUGGGUCAGCUGGCAUGCUCAGGUGAGGCACAUGUGGGUCAGCUGGCAUGCUCAGGUGAGGCACAUGUGGGUCAGCUGGCAUGCUCAGGUGAGGCACAUGUGGGUCAGCUGGCAUGCUCAGGUGAGGCACAUGUGGGUCAGCUGGCAUGCUCAGGUGAGGCACAUGUGGGUCAGCUGGCAUGCUCAGGUGAGGCACAUGUGGGUCAGCUGGCAUGCUCAGGUGAGGCACAUGUGGGUCAGCUGGCAUGCUCAGGUGAGGCACAUGUGGGUCAGCUGGCAUGCUCAGGUGAGGCACAUGUGGGUCAGCUGGCAUGCUCAGGUGAGGCACAUGUGGGUCAGCUGGCAUGCUCAGGUGAGGCACAUGUGGGUCAGCUGGCAUGCUCAGGUGAGGCACAUGUGGGUCAGCUGGCAUGCUCAGGUGAGGCACAUGUGGGUCAGCUGGCAUGCUCAGGUGAGGCACAUGUGGGUCAGCUGGCAUGCUCAGGUGAGGCACAUGUGGGUCAGCUGGCAUGCUCAGGUGAGGCACAUGUGGGUCAGCUGGCAUGCUCAGGUGAGGCACAUGUGGGUCAGCUGGCAUGCUCAGGUGAGGCACAUGUGGGUCAGCUGGCAUGCUCAGGUGAGGCACAUGUGGGUCAGCUGGCAUGCUCAGGUGAGGCACAUGUGGGUCAGCUGGCAUGCUCAGGUGAGGCACAUGUGGGUCAGCUGGCAUGCUCAGGUGAGGCACAUGUGGGUCAGCUGGCAUGCUCAGGUGAGGCACAUGUGGGUCAGCUGGCAUGCUCAGGUGAGGCACAUGUGGGUCAGCUGGCAUGCUCAGGUGAGGCACAUGUGGGUCAGCUGGCAUGCUCAGGUGAGGCACAUGUGGGUCAGCUGGCAUGCUCAGGUGAGGCACAUGUGGGUCAGCUGGCAUGCUCAGGUGAGGCACAUGUGGGUCAGCUGGCAUGCUCAGGUGAGGCACAUGUGGGUCAGCUGGCAUGCUCAGGUGAGGCACAUGUGGGUCAGCUGGCAUGCUCAGGUGAGGCACAUGUGGGUCAGCUGGCAUGCUCAGGUGAGGCACAUGUGGGUCAGCUGGCAUGCUCAGGUGAGGCACAUGUGGGUCAGCUGGCAUGCUCAGGUGAGGCACAUGUGGGUCAGCUGGCAUGCUCAGGUGAGGCACAUGUGGGUCAGCUGGCAUGCUCAGGUGAGGCACAUGUGGGUCAGCUGGCAUGCUCAGGUGAGGCACAUGUGGGUCAGCUGGCAUGCUCAGGUGAGGCACAUGUGGGUCAGCUGGCAUGCUCAGGUGAGGCACAUGUGGGUCAGCUGGCAUGCUCAGGUGAGGCACAUGUGGGUCAGCUGGCAUGCUCAGGUGAGGCACAUGUGGGUCAGCUGGCAUGCUCAGGUGAGGCACAUGUGGGUCAGCUGGCAUGCUCAGGUGAGGCACAUGUGGGUCAGCUGGCAUGCUCAGGUGAGGCACAUGUGGGUCAGCUGGCAUGCUCAGGUGAGGCACAUGUGGGUCAGCUGGCAUGCUCAGGUGAGGCACAUGUGGGUCAGCUGGCAUGCUCAGGUGAGGCACAUGUGGGUCAGCUGGCAUGCUCAGGUGAGGCACAUGUGGGUCAGCUGGCAUGCUCAGGUGAGGCACAUGUGGGUCAGCUGGCAUGCUCAGGUGAGGCACAUGUGGGUCAGCUGGCAUGCUCAGGUGAGGCACAUGUGGGUCAGCUGGCAUGCUCAGGUGAGGCACAUGUGGGUCAGCUGGCAUGCUCAGGUGAGGCACAUGUGGGUCAGCUGGCAUGCUCAGGUGAGGCACAUGUGGGUCAGCUGGCAUGCUCAGGUGAGGCACAUGUGGGUCAGCUGGCAUGCUCAGGUGAGGCACAUGUGGGUCAGCUGGCAUGCUCAGGUGAGGCACAUGUGGGUCAGCUGGCAUGCUCAGGUGAGGCACAUGUGGGUCAGCUGGCAUGCUCAGGUGAGGCACAUGUGGGUCAGCUGGCAUGCUCAGGUGAGGCACAUGUGGGUCAGCUGGCAUGCUCAGGUGAGGCACAUGUGGGUCAGCUGGCAUGCUCAGGUGAGGCACAUGUGGGUCAGCUGGCAUGCUCAGGUGAGGCACAUGUGGGUCAGCUGGCAUGCUCAGGUGAGGCACAUGUGGGUCAGCUGGCAUGCUCAGGUGAGGCACAUGUGGGUCAGCUGGCAUGCUCAGGUGAGGCACAUGUGGGUCAGCUGGCAUGCUCAGGUGAGGCACAUGUGGGUCAGCUGGCAUGCUCAGGUGAGGCACAUGUGGGUCAGCUGGCAUGCUCAGGUGAGGCACAUGUGGGUCAGCUGGCAUGCUCAGGUGAGGCACAUGUGGGUCAGCUGGCAUGCUCAGGUGAGGCACAUGUGGGUCAGCUGGCAUGCUCAGGUGAGGCACAUGUGGGUCAGCUGGCAUGCUCAGGUGAGGCACAUGUGGGUCAGCUGGCAUGCUCAGGUGAGGCACAUGUGGGUCAGCUGGCAUGCUCAGGUGAGGCACAUGUGGGUCAGCUGGCAUGCUCAGGUGAGGCACAUGUGGGUCAGCUGGCAUGCUCAGGUGAGGCACAUGUGGGUCAGCUGGCAUGCUCAGGUGAGGCACAUGUGGGUCAGCUGGCAUGCUCAGGUGAGGCACAUGUGGGUCAGCUGGCAUGCUCAGGUGAGGCACAUGUGGGUCAGCUGGCAUGCUCAGGUGAGGCACAUGUGGGUCAGCUGGCAUGCUCAGGUGAGGCACAUGUGGGUCAGCUGGCAUGCUCAGGUGAGGCACAUGUGGGUCAGCUGGCAUGCUCAGGUGAGGCACAUGUGGGUCAGCUGGCAUGCUCAGGUGAGGCACAUGUGGGUCAGCUGGCAUGCUCAGGUGAGGCACAUGUGGGUCAGCUGGCAUGCUCAGGUGAGGCACAUGUGGGUCAGCUGGCAUGCUCAGGUGAGGCACAUGUGGGUCAGCUGGCAUGCUCAGGUGAGGCACAUGUGGGUCAGCUGGCAUGCUCAGGUGAGGCACAUGUGGGUCAGCUGGCAUGCUCAGGUGAGGCACAUGUGGGUCAGCUGGCAUGCUCAGGUGAGGCACAUGUGGGUCAGCUGGCAUGCUCAGGUGAGGCACAUGUGGGUCAGCUGGCAUGCUCAGGUGAGGCACAUGUGGGUCAGCUGGCAUGCUCAGGUGAGGCACAUGUGGGUCAGCUGGCAUGCUCAGGUGAGGCACAUGUGGGUCAGCUGGCAUGCUCAGGUGAGGCACAUGUGGGUCAGCUGGCAUGCUCAGGUGAGGCACAUGUGGGUCAGCUGGCAUGCUCAGGUGAGGCACAUGUGGGUCAGCUGGCAUGCUCAGGUGAGGCACAUGUGGGUCAGCUGGCAUGCUCAGGUGAGGCACAUGUGGGUCAGCUGGCAUGCUCAGGUGAGGCACAUGUGGGUCAGCUGGCAUGCUCAGGUGAGGCACAUGUGGGUCAGCUGGCAUGCUCAGGUGAGGCACAUGUGGGUCAGCUGGCAUGCUCAGGUGAGGCACAUGUGGGUCAGCUGGCAUGCUCAGGUGAGGCACAUGUGGGUCAGCUGGCAUGCUCAGGUGAGGCACAUGUGGGUCAGCUGGCAUGCUCAGGUGAGGCACAUGUGGGUCAGCUGGCAUGCUCAGGUGAGGCACAUGUGGGUCAGCUGGCAUGCUCAGGUGAGGCACAUGUGGGUCAGCUGGCAUGCUCAGGUGAGGCACAUGUGGGUCAGCUGGCAUGCUCAGGUGAGGCACAUGUGGGUCAGCUGGCAUGCUCAGGUGAGGCACAUGUGGGUCAGCUGGCAUGCUCAGGUGAGGCACAUGUGGGUCAGCUGGCAUGCUCAGGUGAGGCACAUGUGGGUCAGCUGGCAUGCUCAGGUGAGGCACAUGUGGGUCAGCUGGCAUGCUCAGGUGAGGCACAUGUGGGUCAGCUGGCAUGCUCAGGUGAGGCACAUGUGGGUCAGCUGGCAUGCUCAGGUGAGGCACAUGUGGGUCAGCUGGCAUGCUCAGGUGAGGCACAUGUGGGUCAGCUGGCAUGCUCAGGUGAGGCACAUGUGGGUCAGCUGGCAUGCUCAGGUGAGGCACAUGUGGGUCAGCUGGCAUGCUCAGGUGAGGCACAUGUGGGUCAGCUGGCAUGCUCAGGUGAGGCACAUGUGGGUCAGCUGGCAUGCUCAGGUGAGGCACAUGUGGGUCAGCUGGCAUGCUCAGGUGAGGCACAUGUGGGUCAGCUGGCAUGCUCAGGUGAGGCACAUGUGGGUCAGCUGGCAUGCUCAGGUGAGGCACAUGUGGGUCAGCUGGCAUGCUCAGGUGAGGCACAUGUGGGUCAGCUGGCAUGCUCAGGUGAGGCACAUGUGGGUCAGCUGGCAUGCUCAGGUGAGGCACAUGUGGGUCAGCUGGCAUGCUCAGGUGAGGCACAUGUGGGUCAGCUGGCAUGCUCAGGUGAGGCACAUGUGGGUCAGCUGGCAUGCUCAGGUGAGGCACAUGUGGGUCAGCUGGCAUGCUCAGGUGAGGCACAUGUGGGUCAGCUGGCAUGCUCAGGUGAGGCACAUGUGGGUCAGCUGGCAUGCUCAGGUGAGGCACAUGUGGGUCAGCUGGCAUGCUCAGGUGAGGCACAUGUGGGUCAGCUGGCAUGCUCAGGUGAGGCACAUGUGGGUCAGCUGGCAUGCUCAGGUGAGGCACAUGUGGGUCAGCUGGCAUGCUCAGGUGAGGCACAUGUGGGUCAGCUGGCAUGCUCAGGUGAGGCACAUGUGGGUCAGCUGGCAUGCUCAGGUGAGGCACAUGUGGGUCAGCUGGCAUGCUCAGGUGAGGCACAUGUGGGUCAGCUGGCAUGCUCAGGUGAGGCACAUGUGGGUCAGCUGGCAUGCUCAGGUGAGGCACAUGUGGGUCAGCUGGCAUGCUCAGGUGAGGCACAUGUGGGUCAGCUGGCAUGCUCAGGUGAGGCACAUGUGGGUCAGCUGGCAUGCUCAGGUGAGGCACAUGUGGGUCAGCUGGCAUGCUCAGGUGAGGCACAUGUGGGUCAGCUGGCAUGCUCAGGUGAGGCACAUGUGGGUCAGCUGGCAUGCUCAGGUGAGGCACAUGUGGGUCAGCUGGCAUGCUCAGGUGAGGCACAUGUGGGUCAGCUGGCAUGCUCAGGUGAGGCACUGUGGGUCAGCUGGCAUGCUCAGCUGGCAUGCUCAGGUGAGGCACAUGUGGGUCAGCUGGCAUGCUCAGGUGAGGCACAUGUGGGUCAGCUGGCAUGCUCAGGUGAGGCACAUGUGGGUCAGCUGGCAUGCUCAGGUGAGGCACAUGUGGGUCAGCUGGCAUGCUCAGGUGAGGCACAUGUGGGUCAGCUGGCAUGCUCAGGUGAGGCACAUGUGGGUCAGCUGGCAUGCUCAGGUGAGGCACAUGUGGGUCAGCUGGCAUGCUCAGGUGAGGCACAUGUGGGUCAGCUGGCAUGCUCAGGUGAGGCACAUGUGGGUCAGCUGGCAUGCUCAGGUGAGGCACAUGUGGGUCAGCUGGCAUGCUCAGGUGAGGCACAUGUGGGUCAGCUGGCAUGCUCAGGUGAGGCACAUGUGGGUCAGCUGGCAUGCUCAGGUGAGGCACAUGUGGGUCAGCUGGCAUGCUCAGGUGAGGCACAUGUGGGUCAGCUGGCAUGCUCAGGUGAGGCACAUGUGGGUCAGCUGGCAUGCUCAGGUGAGGCACAUGUGGGUCAGCUGGCAUGCUCAGCUGGCAUGCUCAGUGAGGCACAUGUGGGUCAGCUGGCAUGCUCAGGUGAGGCACAUGUGGGUCAGCUGGCAUGCUCAGGUGAGGCACAUGUGGGUCAGCUGGCAUGCUCAGGUGAGGCACAUGUGGGUCAGCUGGCAUUCUCAGGUGAGGCACAUGUGGGUCAGCUGGCAUGCUCAGGUGAGGCACAUGUGGGUCAGCUGGCAUGCUCAGGUGAGGCACAUGUGGGUCAGCUGGCAUGCUCAGGUGAGGCACAUGUGGGUCAGCUGGCAUGCUCAGGUGAGGCACAUGUGGGUCAGCUGGCAUGCUCAGGUGAGGCACAUGUGGGUCAGCUGGCAUGCUCAGGUGAGGCACAUGUGGGUCAGCUGGCAUGCUCAGGUGAGGCACAUGUGGGUCAGCUGGCAUGCUCAGGUGAGGCACAUGUGGGUCAGCUGGCAUGCUCAGGUGAGGCACAUGUGGGUCAGCUGGCAUGCUCAGGUGAGGCACAUGUGGGUCAGCUGGCAUGCUCAGGUGAGGCACAUGUGGGUCAGCUGGCAUGCUCAGGUGAGGCACAUGUGGGUCAGCUGGCAUGCUCAGGUGAGGCACAUGUGGGUCAGCUGGCAUGCUCAGGUGAGGCACAUGUGGGUCAGCUGGCAUGCUCAGGUGAGGCACAUGUGGGUCAGCUGGCAUGCUCAGGUGAGGCACAUGUGGGUCAGCUGGCAUGCUCAGGUGAGGCACAUGUGGGUCAGCUGGCAUGCUCAGGUGAGGCACAUGUGGGUCAGCUGGCAUGCUCAGGUGAGGCACAUGUGGGUCAGCUGGCAUGCUCAGGUGAGGCACAUGUGGGUCAGCUGGCAUGCUCAGGUGAGGCACAUGUGGGUCAGCUGGCAUGCUCAGGUGAGGCACAUGUGGGUCAGCUGGCAUGCUCAGGUGAGGCACAUGUGGGUCAGCUGGCAUGCUCAGGUGAGGCACAUGUGGGUCAGCUGGCAUGCUCAGGUGAGGCACAUGUGGGUCAGCUGGCAUGCUCAGGUGAGGCACAUGUGGGUCAGCUGGCAUGCUCAGGUGAGGCACAUGUGGGUCAGCUGGCAUGCUCAGGUGAGGCACAUGUGGGUCAGCUGGCAUGCUCAGGUGAGGCACAUGUGGGUCAGCUGGCAUGCUCAGGUGAGGCACAUGUGGGUCAGCUGGCAUGCUCAGGUGAGGCACAUGUGGGUCAGCUGGCAUGCUCAGGUGAGGCACAUGUGGGUCAGCUGGCAUGCUCAGGUGAGGCACAUGUGGGUCAGCUGGCAUGCUCAGGUGAGGCACAUGUGGGUCAGCUGGCAUGCUCAGGUGAGGCACAUGUGGGUCAGUUGGCAUGCUCAGGUGAGGCACAUGUGGGUCAGCUGGCAUGCUCAGGUGAGGCACAUGUGGGUCAGCUGGCAUGCUCAGGUGAGGCACAUGUGGGUCAGCUGGCAUGCUCAGGUGAGGCACAUGUGGGUCAGCUGGCAUGCUCAGGUGAGGCACAUGUGGGUCAGCUGGCAUGCUCAGGUGAGGCACAUGUGGGUCAGCUGGCAUGCUCAGGUGAGGCACAUGUGGGUCAGCUGGCAUGCUCAGGUGAGGCACAUGUGGGUCAGCUGGCAUGCUCAGGUGAGGCACAUGUGGGUCAGCUGGCAUGCUCAGGUGAGGCACAUGUGGGUCAGCUGGCAUGCUCAGGUGAGGCACAUGUGGGUCAGCUGGCAUGCUCAGGUGAGGCACAUGUGGGUCAGCUGGCAUGCUCAGGUGAGGCACAUGUGGGUCAGAUGGCAUGCUCAGGUGAGGCACAUGUGGGUCAGCUGGCAUGCUCAGGUGAGGCACAUGUGGGUCAGCUGGCAUGCUCAGGUGAGGCACAUGUGGGUCAGCUGGCAUGCUCAGUUUAA